AUGGAAACUCAGUCAUCUGAAAAUCAAAACGACCAUAUCCAAACCCCGGAAGUCGAUUUUGACAUACCAUUGAGUAGUGGGAGAAAUGUCAAUAGACUUAAUAUCCCACAAGAACAAGUGCCCGCAGUCAUACUACCACAAAGUAGUGGGAGUCAUGUUGAGCAGACUGCACAACAGGAAGAAGUCGUUGAUAUCCCUGAGGAUAGUAUGGAGACUCAGGUUCCUGAUGAUGUUGUGGUUCAACCACAAAAUCAAAGUGAUGUAUUUGCAACUGGUGUAGUGCGUAGUCGUAGUGGGAGAGAUAUAAGACAGCCCGUUUGUUAUACGCUCUUGGGAGAAUCAUAUGAUAGGAUCCCUAAGGAGCCUACCUCCGAACCUGUCAAUUACGACCAAGCACUACAUGAUAAGGAUGCCGAUAAGUGGGUUGCUGCUAUGAAAUCAGAGAUGGAGUCUAUGUUUAGCAUGCAUGAUUCCAAGAAAGGAUUUCUUCCUUUCAUACAUGGAAUUUCUCUAUCUAAAGAUCAGUCUCCUAAGACUGAUGAAGAGAUAGAAAAGAUGAAGGCGGUCCCUUAUGCAUCAGCUGUGGGGAGCCUCAUGUAUGUUAAACAUAUAAUCAAGUACCUGAAAAGAACUAGGGAUUACAUGUUGAUCUACCAUUCGGAUGACCUGGUACCUAUUGGAUAUACUGAUUCGGAUUUCCAAUCAGACAGAGAUUCUAGAAAGUCUACCUCAGGUAAUGUGUUUACUCUUGGAGGUGGAGCCAUAAGUUGGAGGAGUAUCAAACAAUCUUGUGUUGCUGAUUCCACCAUGGAAGCCGAAUAUGUGGCAGCCUCUGAGGCAGCCAAAGAGGCNGCCAUAGGAAAUAAUGUGGGCAUGUUGAAUUCAGUUAAGCAGUGGUUGUUCACACAUUUUGAUAUGAAAGAUUUGGGAGAAGCGGCUCAUAUCCUUGGGGAUCAAACUCUUGCGAGAUCGCAAGAAAAUGAUAUUAGGCUUGUCCCAAGACAUGGAAUUUCUCUAUCUAAAGAUCAGUCUCCUAAGAUUGAUGAAGAGAUAGAAAAGAUGAAGGGGGUCCCUUAUGCAUCAGCUGUGGGGAGCCUCAUGUAUGCUAUGUUAUGCACUAGGCCUGAUAUCUGCUUUGCCGUUGGCGUUGUUAGCAGAUUUCAGUCUAAUCCUGGGAAAGAGCAUUGGACGGCGGUUAAACAUAUAAUCAAGUACCUGAAAAGGACUAGGGAUUACAUGUUGAUCUACCAAUCGGAUGACCUGGUACCUAUUGGGUAUACUGAUUCGGAUUUCCAAUCAGACAGAGAUUCUAGAAAAUCUUAA